AAAAAGAGUGUGUGUUGUGAAUAUUUAUAUAAAAAUAAAUAAUAAUAAGAAAUAUGAAUCAACGUCCAAACAGUGCUAAUAUUAGUUAAUGAUUACUAUUGUUGUUGCUUCAAUUGUCUCAAUUCAAUUCAACAACACAUCUCUUUGCCACAAUCGCUCAAAAUAAAAACUCGCCUUUAAUUUUACGUAAAAAAAGAAUAUCGCCGCAAAAUAAGAGAUCAUGGGGAAAGACUAUUAUAAAAUUUUGGGAAUACAAAAGGGGUCCAGCGAUGAAGAUAUUAAGAAGGCAUACCGGAAGCUAGCACUCAAAUAUCACCCGGACAAGAACAAAGCGAAGGAUGCAGAGGAAAAAUUCAAAGAGGUUGCUGAAGCUUACGAAGUGUUGUCAGAUAAAAAGAAACGUGAUGUAUAUGACAGAUAUGGAGAGGAGGGACUCAAAGGAAGAAGCAAUGGUGGUAGUAACGGUCCCACCACUUUCACAUAUGAAUUCCAUGGUGAUCCCCGGGCAACUUUUGCUCAAUUUUUCGGCAAUAGCAAUCCGUUUGCUUCGUUUUUCGACAUGGGCGAUCCUUUCGAGAGCAGUUUAUUUGCGAACGACGACUUCUUCCAGCCAUUCGGUUUGGGAUCGCGACAUGGAUUGGGCAGCGCCUUCCGAUCGCACUCGUUUAACGUCCAUAGUCCACUGAAGAAAGAAAAGGCACAAGAUCCACCUAUCGAGCACGAUUUAUACGUAACACUGGACGAAAUUUAUUCGGGUUGCACGAAAAAAAUGAAGAUUUCGCGAAGGGUCACUGGAACAGAUGGAAAAUCUAAAAAAGAGGACAAAUAUGUCAGUAUAAAUGUAAAACCUGGCUGGAAAUCCGGUACAAAAGUGACGUUUCAAAAGGAGGGUGAUCAAGUUCCCGGAAAAAUACCGUCUGAUAUUGUAUUUAUUAUAAGAGAUAAGCCACAUCCUCUCUAUCGUCGAGAAGGCAGCGAUCUCCGUUUCACCGCGCGACUCACAUUGAAACAAGCACUCUGCGGUGUUGUAUUUGAAGUGCCAACGAUGGGUGGCGAGAAACUUCGCAUCAGUACAAUGCAGGAGAUCAUUAAGCCAACGACGGUUAAACGUGUCACUGGUUACGGAUUGCCAUUUCCCAAAGAGCCAUCGCGGAAAGGUGACUUACUGAUAGCAUUCGAUAUAAAGUUCCCCGAAAAGUUGACGCCAACACAGAAAGAGCUUCUAGCAGACUUGUUGCCAUCCCCUUAAAUUUAUAUCCUUGCUUUUCUUUAUUACCCACUUUUUUUGUAUGAAAUCAUGUUCGGAAACGAAACUUUUUAUUAACUUAUAAACAUCAUCAUAAAUCGUUCUUUUACUCAUCAACAAAACAACACAAUUGUUAAUCAUGUUAGUUUAGUUAAAGCAAUAUUAUGUAUUUAUACGAAAGAAUCAAAAAAUACAAACUAACA